AUGGAGUUGGAAUUUGCUGGGAGGUUUCUUGUUUGGAUUAUCAGCAUUCUAUUACCAGCUGUGCUCCUCCACCUCCACCUCCGCCGCCGCAAAACGAUCUCCAGCCAGCGGCUGCCACCCGGGCCACGGGGAUGGCCGGUGUUCGGUAACAUGUUCGAGCUGGGUGAGAUGCCACACAAGACUCUGAUGGACCUAAAACGUCAGUAUGGCUCGGUGGUUUGGUUCAGGCUGGGCUCGACUAAAACCGUGGUGGUGCUCACGGCCAAGGCGGCGGCGGAGCUGUUCAAGAACCACGAUUUCGUCUUCGCGAACCGGACCAUCACGGAGGUGAUGACGGCUCAGAAUUACGAGAAGGGGUCGCUAGUGCUGGCUCCCUACGGCACAUACUGGCGGGUGAUGAAGCGAAUCAUGACCGUCGAGAUGCUGGUCACAAAACGGAUCAACGAGACGAUCUCCGCCCGACGAAAAUGCGCCGACGUCCUACUGACCUGGAUCGAGAACGAGACGACAGCAGGCGGAUCCUCCGUCGCCGUCGCGAGAUUCGUGUUCCUGUCGCUGUUCAACAUGCUGGGAAAUCUAUUGCUGUCCCGAGAUCUGGUGGAUCCGGAAUCGCGAAUGGGGUCGGAGUUUUUCACUGCGAUGAUGGGGCUGAUGGAGUGGGGCGGCCACCCCAACAUCGUCGACGUGUUUCCAUGUCUGCGGUGGCUUGAUCCUCAAGGUCUCAAAAGGAAAAUGAACCGCGACCUGGGAAACACGUACGAGAUUGUGUCGGGGUUUCUGAAAGAGAGAAUGAAGCAAAGGGAAGAGGGAGCAGAAGGCAGAAAGAAAGAUUUUCUUGAAGUUCUGUUGAACUUUGAAGGCAACGGAAAAGAGGAACCCCAAAGACUUUCUGAGCAUCAACUCAUCAUCAUUAUCAUGGAGAUCUUCUUGGCUGGUUCGGAAACCACAAGUAGCAGUAUCGAGUGGGCAAUGACCGAGCUACUGUUGAAACCUGAAACAAUGGCUAAGGCUAAAGCCGAGUUAGCUCAAGUGGUCGCACCGAAUCGAAAAUUUGAGGAAAGCGACAUAGAGAACUGCAAAUAUUUACAAGCUGUCAUCAAAGAAACACUGCGGCUACAUCCUCCAAUACCAUUCUUGGUUCCUAGGAAAGCAAUUCACGACACAGAGUUCAUGGGAUACCACAUCCCCCAAAACACGCAACUUUUCAUUAACGUUUGGGCAAUCGGGAGAGACCCAGAGUGCUGGGAAGACCCUUUAAGUUUUCAACCAGAGAGAUUUCUUAGCUCGAAAAUUGAGUAUAAGGGCCAGCAUUUUGAGUUGAUACCAUUUGGUGCAGGAAGAAGAAUUUGUGCUGGAAUUCCUCUGGCACACAGGAUGUUGCACCUUGUGUUAGGGUCAUUAUUGCAUGCGUUUGACUGGGGAAUUGACCGUGAUUUUGGUGAUGAUAUUAGCGACACUAGGGAAAGGAUGGGAGUCACCGUGAGAAAACUCAAACCAUUGAGAGCAGUGGCAAGGAAAAGUGUACGGAAUUGAAAUUUUAUGU